AUGUUGGAUCCUCAAAAUCCCCAAGCCAAAGAAAAUAUUUUGCUCCAAACUCUUCUUGAUCGAUAUCCCAAUGAUGCUGAAGAAGGUAAGGCAAUUUUUAGGUCUACGACAGUAUCACUGGUCAUAAAUGACAGUCAUUUCUGUUUCAGAAAAUGACCAUCAUGAUGAACAAGCAGAAAGUGCCUCAACUUCCAGUAAAUACAACGGGACCUCUGAGAAUGGUCGAACCACACAAUCUCCAGUCAAUAUUAGCGGGGAUGUAGCCUUCGAAUUGACCAAGCAACUCUCUUUUGUAAGCCACAAUUUGAUCAAACUUCUUAAUGGGAUUGGACAGAAGCCAUGCGCUUGCCACGACUGUCUCAAAUGUAUCCACAAAUACCUCCCAGAUUCAGAGCAGUCUUCAUCGAGAGGAAACUCCGUUCCAUGCACGCCUAAUCCACUUGCCUUCGACUUGAUGAAUAAUAUGGUUAAGACAUAUCAAAAGAAAGAUACUGAUGAAGUGGAAUAUCUGGAAGAUGGAACGGUGAAAAGAGGACGAAAAUCAAAGUAUUGUACUCCAGAAAGGAAGAAACAAGUGGCUGCUUAUGCUGAGCUGUACGGCGCUACUGCUGCCUCGAAAGCCUUCGGAAUUCCCGCUGCUGUCUCCGCUUAUUAUCAUCGAAAACUGAGGAAAAUUGUAAUCGGGGAUGACGAGGUCUUCAACAGUCUCAAAUCAAUGAACCCCCCACAGAACGGAUCAUACGAAGACCAAAAAGAAAGGAUUUCUGGUUCGUUUAAUCCCGCCUCCCCAUCUGUUUCAACUACUGGAUUCCUUUCAAAUCCUCAGUUAAGAGGUCGAGGAAGGGGAAGGCCGAAAUUAAUUGGUGAUGAUCUAGAUGCUGAACUUGUCGAACACAUGGUUGGGGUCAAGAAAAGGGUCCCUCGAGGACAUCUGACUGCUUCUUAUGCAUUGGAAGUUGCCCGAGGCUAUAUUGCCAGCAAACAACCAAGUUUAUUGGAAGAGAAUGGAGGUCCCAUAAAUCUGAAGACCACUUGGGCCAUGAAAUUGGUGGCCAGAACUAAUGAAAGGUAUCAUGAAUUAUACGGAAAUGGGAACUGCGAGAGUGUAGACGACUUGCUGGCGAAUCUCGGGCAAGUGAACGAAGGUAAAUAUUUUGUUUUCAUCAGUAAUUUACGUCAAAGAAACUCAAUGAUGACGAAAUUUUUAGAUGUGAAUCCAACCUCAGCUCCUGAAAUCAGAAACAUCCGAUCCUUAGAUCUGAGUUUCGCUUUCCAUCAGACGAAUAAAUCUCAAAACGAAGAAACGGAAAACUUGACGGAAAUUGUUAACCGCCAACCUUCGUAA